UUUUAUAACACCGCAUACGCCAUUUUGAAAUCGGAGUCGCACGCAAAACGUUGUGUAUGUUGUGGCAAAGCGGCUCUUUGCACGCUUUAGAAACCAUAACAUCAUUGUUUUUAAAUACCAAGAAGAAAUAAACAAUGGCAGAAUACUUGGCAUCAAUUUUUGGUACUGAAAAAGACAAAGUAAAUUGUUCAUUUUAUUUCAAAAUCGGUGCCUGUCGACAUGGAGAUCGGUGCUCACGGAUUCAUAAUAAACCAACUUUCAGUCAGACAUGCUUAUUACAGAAUCUUUAUGUGAACCCUCAAAAUUCAGCAAAAAGUGCAGAUGGAUCUCAUUUGGUUGCCAAUGUAUCUGACGAAGAAAUGCAAGAACAUUAUGAUAACUUCUUUGAAGAUGUCUUUGUUGAAUGCGAGGAUAAAUACGGUGAAAUAGAGGAAAUGAAUGUUUGUGAUAAUCUUGGAGAUCACUUAGUUGGAAAUGUUUACAUCAAGUUUCGAAGGGAAGAAGAUGCAGAAAGAGCUGUAAAUGAUUUGAACAAUAGAUGGUUUGGUGGUAGACCAGUUUAUGCUGAACUUUCACCAGUUACCGACUUUAGAGAAGCUUGUUGCCGUCAAUAUGAAAUGGGAGAAUGUACGCGCUCAGGAUUUUGUAACUUUAUGCAUUUGAAACCUAUUUCACGAGAAUUAAGACGUUAUUUGUAUAGUCGAAAGAAAGGUGGCAAAGGUCGAUCGAGAUCACGUUCACGAUCCCGCGGCCGUGAUCGCAAGCGAAGAUCACGUUCUCGUGACAGGAGGUCCAGAUCUAAAGAUCGUCGAAAAGGUAGAGACGAUAAGGGCCGAGAUGGUCGAUCCGGGAGGUAUUAAUUAUACUAAUUUCCAAUUGUAAUAAUACUUCAUAAUAAAAUGAUCUAAAUGGAUCUGUUAAUCUUUUGACUAUCUUGUCAAACAAAAUGUAUUCACUGAUACAUUUUUUUAAACUUUUGUUCAUUAAUUCUGUAACAGUUUCUGGAAACGUUAAUUUCUGCCCUUAAGCAAUAAGUUGUAUCAAAUUAAUAAAGGAAAACUUAAAAGAUGUACUUUUCUAAAAUAGAGAUAAAACAUAAUGUAAACAAUUACUUUCGAAAUAUGACGAUCGAAGAGUUAAAUAAGAUGAAAUUGUUU